CAUUCUUUUGUUGACAAGAAAAAGUAACCUGGAAAAAACAUUCAAAUUUCUUAAUAAUUUUAUUUUAUUAUAAAAUCUUUUGAAAAAUAAAAGUAUUUACUACGAUAUGGAAGCUGGAACUUCUGCCUCUUCACAAUCAAUUGAAGAUUUAAUCGAACAGAAAUGUGACACCAAGCAAUUAUUACUUGAAUUUGAACUUCAACUUUUACUAGAUAUAAUGCAUAAAGAUGGUUUAGUCAUUGCGGCAAAGGGCAUAAAUAUGGAUUAUGUAUUACUUAAUCUCAUGAAAGUUUACUGCGAUGAAGGUAACUUAGUGUUUGUCAUGAAUGCUACCGAACAUGAAGAAAAAUAUUUCAUUGAAAAGAUUAACGAUCCCAACAUGCAUAAUAACCUCAAUGCUGCAUCUACUUCAGACAACAGGGGGGAUAUGUACUUGUCUGGUGGUAUACAUUUUGUUAGUACUAGGAUAUUAGUUCUUGAUAUGUUGAAGAAGAAAAUUCCCAUUGAAAAAAUAACUGGUAUUAUAAUAUUGAGAGCUCAUAAGAUAUUAGAAAGUUGUCAAGAGUCAUUUGUAUUAAGGCUAUAUAGACAAAAUAAUAAGACUGGUUUUAUAAAAGCUUUUACAAAUAGCGCUCAGAGUUUUACAAUGGGAUUUGGCCAUGUGGAAAGGAUAAUGAGAAAUAUUUUUGUCAAGGAAUUAUAUAUUUGGCCAAGGUUUCACUCCUUAAUAAUAAGCAGUUUAAAAAGAAAUGAGCCCCUAGUUAUAGAAUUGCAUGUUCCAAUAUCAGAAAAUCUACAAAAAACUCAAACAUAUAUUUUAGAAUUGAUGAACCUUACAGUUAAAGAAUUGAAAAGAAUAAAUAAAUCUGUAGAACUAGAGGAAAUCACAACAGAAAAUUGUCUAACCAAAAAAUUCCAUAAAAUUCUACAAUCUCAACUUGAUCUUAUUUGGAACCAGCUAAGUACAAGAAGUCGUCAGCUCAUAUCAGACUUGAAAACUUUGCGUCAUUUGAUUAUCUCAAUGUUAUAUUCAGAUCCAAUUUCAUUCUACUCUCUUCUUUUGGAGUAUCGUAAGGCAGAAUAUGCACGUAAUAAUAAUUGGGUGUUACUGAAGCCUGCAGAAUUAUUAUUUUCCCAUGUUAAUUCUUUAAUUUUCACAGGAGAUAGAGAAUUCAAUCCUGAAUUGUGCCCUAAAUGGAGUACACUCAUUGAGGUAUUGAAAGUUGAGAUACCUCAAGAUAUAAUGAAAUCGAAUUCUGUUGACAACAAAAUUCUUAUACUGUGUUCCGAUAGGAAGACUUGCUACCAGUUAAAUGAGUUGUUAAGAAAUGGCCCCCAUCAUUACCUGUUCUUUAUGGCUCUCAAAAAAGGAAUAAGCUUCAAAUCAUUAUCUGACAAGUUCAAAAAUUGUGGUGACUUGAACAUUGCUUCACCAGAUGAAACAAAUCAGAAGAAUUCUAGCAAUAAAAGGAAAAAAUUGAAAGGAGAGGUAGAAAAAGAGGAGAAAGAAAGUAAAGAUAAGGAGGUAGAUGAAAGUGAAAACUCAGAGGACAUAGGCGAAUACAAGGAGUCCUAUAUUUUGACCAUGUCACAAUCAAUGAUUGGUGAUGAGAGUAUAACGAGUACUAAAGAAGAGGAGUCUUUUGUUUUCGAACCAUUUUCACAGCUUGAAAAUAUAAAUAUAACUCAGUUGGCUCAGGCUGCUCAAGCAGCUCCCACUAUCAUAAUUCAAACAUUCAAGGGCGCAGAAAAUUAUAUAAAUUUAGAGAGAACACUGGACGUAAUAAACCCUAAUUAUAUUGUCAUGUACCAUAGUAACAUAACUGCCAUUAGAGAAAUUGAGAUGUAUGAGGCUCACAGAGAAAAGGAUAGAAAACUUUUGAUAUAUUUUUUGAUACAUGCAGGAACAGUGGAGGAACAAAGCUAUUUGACGGCGAUGAGAAGGGAGAAGGAAGCCUUCGAAUUUCUCAUAGAAACAAAAUCUAAAAUGGUUGUACCAGAAGAUCAAGAUGGAAAAACUGAUAGUUGUUUGAAUUUACAAAAUAUCAGUACUCAGAUUAUGGAGAAAAGUACAAGAAGGGGUGGUAGAGAAGAAGAACCUAAAACGCAGCAUAUAAUUGUAGAUAUGCGAGAAUUCAGAAGUGAACUGCCUGUUUUGAUACAUAAAAGGGGGAUUCACUUAGAGCCUUAUGUAAUAACGGUGGGCGAUUAUAUUUUAACACCCGAUAUCUGUAUAGAAAGAAAAAGCAUAUCUGAUUUAAUAGGAUCAUUGAAAUCAGGUAGACUCUAUCAGCAAUGUACCCAAAUGUCUAGAUAUUAUAGCAAACCCAUGCUACUUAUUGAAUUUGAUCAGAAUAAAGCAUUUUCAUGGCAGAAUUACUCAUCAAAUUUGGAAGGAUACAGUUUUGAUCAAGUUCAACAAAAACUUUUACUGUUAACUAUCCAUUUUCCCAAACUCAGAUUGAUAUGGAGUCCGAAUCCUUAUGCCAGUGCACAACUUUUCGAAGAGCUUAAGCAAAACAAAGAACAGCCAAAUAUAGAAUAUGCAACAAGUAUUGGGGACGAGCAAGAUUUCAACAUAAUAGAAACUAAAUAUAACUCGGGAAUAUAUGAUUUUGUGAGAAAAUUGCCAGGAAUAAAUUCCAAAAAUAUCGACACUUUCUUAAGACGUGUCAAAAAUAUGGAAGGUGCAUUGAAACUGACAGAGGAUGAAUUGAAAGACAUAUUGGGGAAUACCAAUGAUGCAAAAGCUUUUUAUAUGUGUUUGCAUGGAGAGCACACACAAGAUGAUGACACUAAUGCAAAGAAAGGGAAGGGAAAAUUCAAGAAGGGAUUUAAAUCAAAAUAAAGUUUUCGUCAAUAUAUAA